GCCGUGUGCUUCCCCCUGGACCGCGUCGAUGGAACGCGCCCACCGCGAACGAAAUCGACAGCUCCCACGCCGGCACUUUAGCUUCCCCCCAAACGAGUAUCUCGCCAAUUUCGACACCUCAACACCAUCUUUUGCCGUCCUCCACCUCGCAUUCUCGACACUCCUUUCAGCCAAAGAGUCCCUUGCUCUACACAUUUACAAACCAAGCAAAAAAUGUCUGCCUCCGCCCUCUUCCGCCGCGCCGCCGCCGCCCCGCGCAUGGCCUCCGCCGCCCGCGCAUUCAGCACCACCCCGUCCAACAACGUCGCCCGCAUCACCAUCGUCGGCAACCUCGCCGACGCCCCCGAGGUCGUCCCCACCAGCACCGGCCGCGAGAUUAUCAGAUACGCCGUCGCCAGCAACAGCGGGCCCAAGGAUAACCGCCAGACCAGCUGGUUCCGCGUGACGAGCUUCGAGGCUGAGGGUCCCCGUCGGGAUUUCCUCCAGAGCUUGCCUAAGGGAACUCUGGUCUACGUCGAGGGCGAAGCUGCCAUGCGCGCCUACCAAGAUGCCGAGGGCAAGAACCGCAGUUCCCUGAGCGUUAUCCAGCGCUCUAUCGAGGUCCUCAAGCGUCCUUACAACGGCAACAACGGCGGCGAGGCCAGCGAGUAAAUGCACCCCAAUACAACAAACGGAGUUUCUCUUGUGCCAUGUACGAAUCGAACGACAGACGAGUGUACUUUUGAAGAGACCCUGACCUGAACUGGCCUCCCUCUUCUCUCUAUCUCCACUCUAUCGAGAUUUUCCUUCAUCUUUUUUGUGUACAAUGACCUGAUAAAUGGGCUGGUUGAGGCGUGCUGUACGAAAACUCUUUUUUCUAGGACGAUAAUUGAUACCAUGG